CAGAUUCAUGUAAUGUUGUCGAAAUAUCGGUAUUGAAAACAGCGUUGUCGUGCGUCGCGGUUGCCGCUUUGCGUCCAUACGUGAUGCUACUGCAGAGGAUUCCGGAGCUCGAGCUCGGAACGGCAGCGGGAGAGAAGUAACCGCUCCCCCUCUUCUCUUUACUUCAAGUAUCGGCAGGUUUUGCCGGUGGAGUAACCUGUUGCCCAACAUGAUCCCCUGCAACUGAGACGCAAACACGUUUAGUGUUUUGCCAAACAGCUGAUCGCUUUCAUCAGAUCAAGCCAUGCCUGACAAGUAAAGUUCCCUACUUGCUUACAGCAAUAGAAAAGAAGAGAAAACGGCACACUACAUGUCUCUCCAUGUAGACUCCCUCCUGUGCGUCCUGCUGGAGUAAACCCCCCCCCCCCCCUUCCAGAUAGGCACUACUGUCCUCUCUCCACACCCCUCCCCACCACCGCACCCCGUUCAUCCACUGGUCACCAUGCCUCUCCACCUCAGAAUGGCCAACACCUAAGGUUUCCCAUGCGUCCAGUGAGCGCCGAGUCGGACGGUCCUGCUCCUCCCGAAAGCUUCUUGCGCCCCUUACCCCCGGCGGGCCUCCUCCCGGUCUCCGAGAUGUCCCUGCUCCACUCGCUGGGCCCAGUGCAGAGCUGGCUGGACCAGGAACUGGAGAAAUGCGGGAUCGACGCCAUGAUCUACACCCGCUAUGUCCUCAGUCUGCUCCUGCACGACAGUUACGACUACGAUCUGCAGGAUCAGGAGAAUGACAUCUUCCUGGGCUGGGAGAAGGGAACGGGGAAGAAAUGGGGCAAGAGUAAGAAAAAAGGAGCAGGGACCGACCUGAGUCUGGAGGAGAUAAAGAAGCAAGCCGCUGUGCAGUGCCUGCGUUCAGCAUCCGAUGAAAACUCUGGAAUUGAGAGCCUGGUUGAGGAGCUUUGCUCCAAACUCAAGGACAUCCAAAACAAACAGAAAGAAGAGAAACAGCUCAGCAAGAAAUCUGAUGGAUCUCAGUCUCCUGAAAGAGUUGAAUCCCCUUCCUCUAAGGACCAGGUGGAAAUGUAUUAUGAAGCAUUUCCACCUUUGUCAGAGAAAUCUGUUUGUCUCCAAGAGAUCAUGACGGUGUGGAACAAGGCUAAAGCCAGUGCUUACUCCGGCUCAUCGUCCUCCGCAGCCCCUCAGACCAGCACCGACACCUCCUCCCCAAAAGAUUGCAACAGCGAAGGUGAAGCUGCUAAGGAGAGAACCUCUGAAGCUUGCAGCACCAUCACCACCACCAAUCUAACCAGCGAGAGAGCCAAGCAGCGACGCAGCAAGAAGGAGAAAGAGAACCGGUAUCAUGGAGGCACGACAGCAGAGGACAGAGUUGCCGUCCACAGCAAGAGGCAGGCGAGGCACAGGUCUGAGGGCAAGUAUCGCCCUCGUUCCUGGUCCUCUGGCUCUAGCGAGGCUGGCUCAAGCUCCAGUGGCAACCAGGGUGACUUGAAGACUUCCAGUAGCAAGGCAGCCAGGAUCCGGCACAAGUCUAAGGAGGCAGGCAGCAGGAGUAAGAGGGGGCGCAACAGCGGGCAAGUAAAGUUGGCUCUAAAGGCCAUUGACAAAGAGGAGCGGAGGAAUGCCGGAGGUGGCGGCGGCAGCAGCAGCAGCACCACUCCAGGUGCUAUGAGACAAACGCAGCUCUACAAAAAGGGGAAGAGGCCGCUGAAGGAGAUUAGAAAAGAUCCAGGUUGGGGGGAAUCAAAGCAGUCCGGAGCCGAGGUCAGCAACACACAAGAAUACAUGGAGGAGCCGCUGUGGUACACCGAACCCAUCACAGAGUAUCUUGUACCGUUCAGUAGCAGACGGAGCAAACUGGAAACUAAGUACCGGAGCAGGGUGGAUUCUCCAGGCGACUCGACCGUGUCCGCCAACGUUGGGAGGCUGUCUGAGAGAAUGCAAGGCAUCUGCAUUGCCAACGCAAGCUUCCAGAGGGCAUAUCUGGCAGCGGGCACCUUUGUGGAUGGGCACUUUGUUGAGGUGCCGGGCGACACAGAUGAGAAGGCUUUCGAACUCAAUGGGACCUCCAGCUGCCCUCCACCUGAGGAUAGUAGAGAUUUAGAUGAUGAGCAUCUGUCUGAAUUCACUCACUUCUAUGAAGUCGAUAUUUAUCAAUCCAUAUUGGAUCCUAGUGCCUCAGACUCGGUACAAGAGAGUCGGAUCUUGAGCAUGAUUCGACAGAAGAGCGAGGAGCAAAGAGACUUUGAGGCAGAAUGUUGUUUAGUGUUAGAUGGCCUUGAGCUGCAAGGGGGUAGUGCAAUAAGGGUGGACUGUCAGGGGGCUUUGGGAGCUGAUGGGUUCUUCAUGCAGGAUUUGGAAAACAUGGCUCAGGUCUGGGGAUGUCAUUCAUCCUCUACCUCUGAAGAUAUAGAUGGAGAAAGCUUUGCAGGAGACUCUCCUGUUCAGCUUUCUCCUGCUUUGGACGGUGGCAUUACAUUCGUUGUCGACACGCUGCCCGGAAACCUGGAGGAACCUCAUCUCCCAGAAACCACCAGCGAAGCACCUGGUCUGAACUCCUCCUGCUUCUCUCUAUUUGAGCUGCAGUAUGAUAGCCCCACUCUUCCCUUUCCCUGUGACUCAGUCACUGUUGGUCAUGAAAACAACACAGAUUCAAGUAGCUGUCUAGAUCCACAUUGUAACAAGCAGUCUCGUUUGCUAAUAUGGACCAAAAAUAGUGCCUUUGAUGAAACUGAACACUGUUCAAACCUUUCAACGCGAACCUGCAGCCCGUGGUCGCAUUCGGAAGAGACACGUUCAGAUAACGAGCAAGUAAACGUUCAAACAGAGGAGUCCGCUCUAAUUGGCAAUGAAGAGAUUAAUUGUAUAAUCCCUCCAAUCUCGGGCACAUACCUAGAGGAAGAAAUCUUGGACUUUUUACAAGAAGACACUGUUAGCCGGUGCAAGGAGACUAAUGUAGGCACAGUGUCCAAUCCGACCUUGGCAAAGAAAUCUAAAUUGGAGUCCAUUUGUGGAAUAGCAUUAGAACAGGACGAGAGCAAACCGUAUGAUGCUAGUAUGUUUUCAGAUGACACAAACCAACAGAGUGACAAUUACAGCUCAGGGAUAAUAAAGGACAUAUGGACAGCUAUUGGAGAUGAAGAUCCUGUACUAUCACUAGGAGAACAGGGCUUGUUCUCUGAGGAGCCGAGCAGCUACCACUGUGGCUGUCUCGAUGUGCAGGUAAAGGAAGUUGGUCCUAUUCAGGGGCCUCCGAAAAAGGCGGUGCAGCGAUCAGAGUACCACCUGUGGGAAGGCAUGAAUGAAGAGCAGGCCUCUUUGGCCAAAGACAAGCUCUCAAAGCUGAAUGCUUCUGGGGAUUAUAUGACGCCGUCCAAGCCCUGGGACUUGAACCCUGAAAAGGACAACACGUCGUUCAUCCUGGGAGGAGUGUAUGGAGAGCUGAAGACCUUCAGCGGUGACCAGGACUGGGCCGUGGUGCCACCUGCCGAUGCGAGAAGCAGCUUGCUACAGUGCACGGCCACCUCAGCCUCUGGCUCAGAUGUGGUCACCAUUGCUGGCACGGAUGUGUUCAUGAACACAGGCAGCUGCUUUGCCCCUGGCCACAAGCCACUCUGGAGGCCCCUGGUCUCUUUCGGGCAGAACGACCAGGCUACUAAAAGAGGUGGGGAUGGAUUUAAUAAGGGAUUUUCUUUUAUCUUCCAUGAAGAUUUACUUGGAUCCUGUGCAGGCUUUCGUGGUGAGGAGCCAGGGCUUGACUACCCAUUCACAUCUUUUGAUCUGAACAAUCCGUUCUCUCAAGUCCUCCACGUAGAGUGCUCUUUUGAGCCUGAGGACAUGGCUUCGUUCAGUCCGGGUUUCAAACCCAAGUCAAUAUUGUGCUCAGAUUCGGAGAACGAAUCGUUCUACCCACAGAUAUACGGCAUAAAUCGGACCACCCAGUACAGGGCCAUCCGCAUUUCCCCUAGGACUCAUUUCCGACCCAUUUCCGCCUCAGAGUUGUCUCCUGGCGGAGGGAGCGAGUCUGAGGUUGAUUCGGAGAAAGAAGAGAUGAGCGUUCCCCUCUUGGCCCCGCCGGACGCUUUUGACGACCCUCAGGCCGACCUCAAACCGCUGGAGGAGGACGCAGAAAAUGAGGGCCCAUGCUAUGGGAAGUCCGAACUGGAAUCUGGGAAAUUCCUGCCCAGAUUAAAGAAGUCUGGCAUGGAGAAGAGUGCCCAGACCUCACUGGAUUCUCAAGAGGGUUCCAGCACCCUCCUGCCAAUUGCUGAGCAGGAAAUUUGCUUAGACUGCGCAAUGGCAGCGGCAUCAAGAGCAACACUGACGGCGAGUGGACAGACUGAUGAUCCAGUCGACAAGAUUCCGAGGGAAGAAUCAUGCAUCGAAAAGGAAGCCUGCAAAUGUGCAGCGGCUGGUCAGAGUCCCACAUAUGGGGAAACCUAUGACUUUGUUGAAGAUCUGCAUGAGUUCCCUCGAUUAAAUAUUAGUGGACAGGGAGGAACUGGCAGCCAGCAAGAUGAGUGCUGGUGGCAGAACACACUCUGUUCCCCCCCUUUUCCUGGAUCUCAGUGUACAGGGAGCAGCAACAUCUGAGAAGUCCGGCUGUGUGGAGGGGAAGCCUGUGGUCCACAGGGCGCAGUCUCUUCCUGUUGGACUGCACCUCUACUAUCAGAGAUAUGGGGGAGAGACCUCAGGACUAGGAAACUGUAGGCGUCUGGAAAGAGGAACCUCCCCUUCCACAUCCCAGCCCUAAUCUUGCUGAUUUUCAUUUACUAACUUGAAUGUUGUGUUAAUCACCAACCACAACGGGGGGGAAAAGAGUGGAAAUAGGAAAAACUCAAAAAAAAUAUAUAUAUUAUACGUGUCUUCAUGUAAUGGCGGUAUCUGAAGACAUGCAUCUUAGAUUUGCUUUAGGCGAUUCUUCCAGACAUAAUUAAUCUUCAUUAAAGAGUCACAGUUAGAUAUUAGGGUCAAUCUUGGGUUUUUCCCUCCAUCGGUUUUUCCAAACUUUUUCUUUUUUUUUUUUUUUUGCUUUUGAACUAGGAUACCGGUAGUUGUGGGGUCCGAAUGGUUGUGCAUGUGUCCUACUAGGCUAACUCGUUCUUUUCUAGUGUAACUGCUACUAUUUCCCAUGACCUGACUGUCAUGCAGCUCUUCAUAACGCAAUGAUGAAGCACCGUGAUCGAUCGUCUUUUUCUUUCUCCAUCCCAAAACAUUCAGAGUUAAGAAAUAAAGUAAAGAAAUUAAAGUGGAGAUCUUUGGAAUUGUAUUUUGGUAGCAUGGUUACCUUUUUUAUGGAUUUGAAGGAAAGAGAAAGAAUGUGUGUGUGUGUGUCUUUCCUCUUUAAAUGCCUGUUUCGAAUAUUAUUUUUCCCCAGCUGUGUGAAAAGUUGUUCUAAAUGAGUAUGAUUUGAAGGGUGCUUGUCAGUUUUUCUGAACCUAGUAAUAGACAUAGUAGUAUGUUUUGUGAGGCAAAAAAUAUAUAAAUCUUCCGAAAAAAUAAAUCAUUUUGUUUUUUGGGGAUUGGAAAUAAGAAAAUAUUUCAAUUUGUAGUAAGUACAAAAAUUUGCUGUUCAAUGCAACAAAAAAAAAGACAAAAUGCAAGUCUGAGUUUAUUUUGGAGAGUUAUGGCCCUAAAUAUAAAAAAAAUACAAAAAAAUGUUUUGUAACUGCGUAGUACAAACAAUCGGUGCUAUGAAUAUGUUGAUAUUUCUUUAGCGGUUGCAGUUUUGAUAUUGUGGCCAUGAUAUGUAGAUCCUGUAGUUUUGGUUUGUUGUCGAUGAGGAGUGGAAGGAUCAAUUGAUAACUUUGAAAAAGAAAUUUAUUCUGUUACUGCCACCUUGUUUUAUGUGACUUGGUCUUUAUUUUAAGAAUUAUGAUUUGAUUUUAACAACUUAAUUGGCCUGUAAUAACAACUGAAAGAAUGACUUUCAAAAGGCAACAAAUCCAUACAGUCUAUGUUUAUUGUACUGUGAGGUCUACAGCAGAAGCAGGAUAUUAAAGGCAAUAAAUACAUAUGAUUUCUAAGCAGACACUACUUAGGUGUUAAGUAAACCAUUAAAGGAAAAGGUGAUAAACCAAAAAUAACAUAAUUCCACCAAGGUACUACAAUCUAUUUUAGGUUUUAUUUUUGAGCUGUGUUGUACUUUUGUUAUACCGUAUAUCCUUUUAAGGUCUCCAAAAAUGUCUCACUUUGGUGUGUUUGUGUGUGUGUGUGUCUGCAUUGAACACAUACACAUUGGUUCAAAAUGACAUGGUGUGUUACAACUUUGUCAAGAUAAAUGCAAAACCCACAUUUACAGGAAUUCACAUGCAUUUGUGCCCCAACUUUAAGUGCAAACUAACUUUAGCCAGAGGCCAUAGGAUAUUGUUGGAUUGAGUGUUCUUUGCAGCCUGUGCAUUAACUAUUAAAUUGUGAGUUCUCACAUCUUGACCCAAAUGCAUUGUUUUCUCUGUAUGCAUUGUGCAUAUCUUUAUCCCUGUAUUGUUAUAUUUCAGUCCCAUCCCGUCCCCCCCUUCUAAAUAUUAGUUCUUAUCCAGUUUUUAUUUUUUUUCACGGAAGGAGUUGGAUAGUAAAAUUGCCCUCAAUGGCAGAGGAAUUGAAGCACAGGCAACAUAUGUUUGUUAACAUCCCUCUACAGUCCCUUGGUUUCUAUCCCUCCAUGGCCCCGUGAUACACCCAUUGUGCAGUCCAAAAUGUCUGCGGACAGUGUGUGUGUGUGCGUGCGAGUGUGCACUAGUUCUAAUGCGCUGUCACGGAGUAGUGUCUCCACUUUGAGCACAUGCAUUGAUCCAAUGUUUUUUUUUUUUUCCUCUAUUCAUAAUCCUCUGAAUGGUAUCUUGAGUUGGUUUGGCGAACUUAAUAGCAAACCAUUUUCAUUUUAUUCAACGCCUCAAUGUCUCCCAGGGGCCUCAGCACCUGCCCCUGUUUGUUCUUCACCUGUUAUGUUAAUCUGAUCGAAACUUGAAUGGAAGACUGCUCUGAAAAUCUCAGGCUGCUUUCAAUUCUUUUUGUUUAGACAGUGGUCAGUCACUCAGGAAUACUGUAGGUAAAUACUAAAUGUUUUUUUUUUCAAAGUAGGUGGAAAACACUUACAUCUGUGACAGUGCAUCAGUUCUUUAAUUCAAACAUUAAUUUAUUACAGAAACUUGUUUUGUUAUUUGAGCUCAACGGGCAGGUGUUUAUUAAUCCCAAGCUUCCUACAGAGGUAAAUGUACAACACUUAGUUGUAGAGCUAUGUUUUUAAAGCUGACUGAACCAUUUAAGAAUGCAUAAGCAAUGCGAGGGGGAACUUUCCAGGGUUCUACCUUGGUCAUAUGCAAUAUCUUGGCGCAUGUAAACUUAAACAUUCAAGCAUUAUGUGGAGAUAAGUCACCUUUUUGUUUUGCAUGAAAACAUUUUUGAGGGAGAGCUGAGAGCAUGAAGACCUGGGCCCAACCAUUUAUGGAAUGUCCUUCAAAUAAGAACAUCAUGUCAACAUCCUGCUCCAUCUUGAAGUUAAACAAAAAAAGGUUUUAAAUGUGUGUGUGAUAUAUAUAUAUAUAUUAUACACAUAGUAUCAGUUAAAUGUUUUGACACACCCAUUCAUUUGAAUUGUUAAGUGUGUCCAAACUCUUGACUGGUACAGUAUAAUUAAGUGCAGGUGAGGAAAAAGCAUUAGCUAAUAAUUUUUUUAUUCUUUGUGUGUGUGUGUGUGUGUGUGUGUGUGUGUUUGUUUGUUUGUCUGAAUGUGAGAGACCGGAUCACAAAGCACCUCCAUGUGAGUUUAAAAGAAAUGCAUUGAUUUGUUUUUCUGUUAUUUUCUUUCAUGGUAAGGUUGUGUUUAUAUAUAUAUAUUGAGGGGAGAAGUUUGAGAAAAUGCAUCAAGUGAGAGUUUGAAACUACAUUGACGAGGUUUAACAUUGUUUUGAUUGCACUGUGGUCUGAACAUAGCAUAUCCAGCACUGAAAACCAGAGUUUUCCUUGUCUCUUCAUUCCCACUACAUGAUCCCAUCCCAUACUCCCUCAUCCUAAAUCCCAUCUGUCUCAAGUGGUUGUAUUGUUCUAAUUUCAUGUACACCCUGGGUAAAUUAUUUUGUUUCAUUGUGGAGUUUCUUAACAUUUAAUAAAGGAAUAAACCAAAUCACCA